AUGAGAACCCUCGGUAUACUGGGCGGAAUGACCUAUCAUUCCACUAUUUUAUACUACAGUCAGAUCAAUGCACAUAUCCAACGGGUCCGUGGAGGAACACAAGCUGCAAGUCUGGUAUUACACAGCUUCAACUUCGCAGAUAUCAGUGCCCUGUUUGCAGCGGGACGAUGGGACACUGUGGCGCACAGAUUCAUUGAUGCAGCGAGACAUAUGAAGGCCGCUGGGGUGACCGGAAUUGCCAUUGGCUGCAAUAUCGGUCACAAAGUCGCCAAAGAGGUUGAAGAUGGCGUUGGUUUGCCCGUGUUGCACAUCGCCAGCUUCACGGCACAAGCACUCAAAGAGCAAAGGCUACAAAAGGUUGCACUCCUAGCUACACGUACUGCGAUGGAGGCUGGAUUCAUCAAAGAUCCGCUAGCGAACGCAGCCGGAGUCGAAGUCUUGGUGCCCGAGAAGAGCGACAGAGAUGCCAUGGAUGAAGCCAUCUUUAAAGAGCUCGGGGCAGGUAUCGUUACAGAGAACACUAAGGCCCUUAUGUUUCGGGUCCUUGACGAGCUGAUCCAGAAGGGUGCCGAGGCCGUGGUGCUAGCUUGUACAGAUCUUCAAUUUGUUCUCAAGCCGGAGGAUAUCAGCGUCCCCGUCUUUGAUACUCUAGAGCUGCACACAAAGGGGCUAGCGGAAUGGGCAAUGGGGUCAUGA